UCCUUUCGGAUAGCGAUCGUUCGUGCCGGUUCGCGGCUCGCCUCGCCGCGGUUCGCAUUAAACGUUCGACGUAAGACGGGAACGAUGGCACGGUGGACGAUGAUCAUCGCCCUCCUCCUCGUGACGGCGCGUCUCUUCGUAGCCGCGACUUCGCAGCACCGCGAUCGGGAGAGCCUCUGCGAAUCCCGGCAGACCUGCGCGAGCUGCCUGCAAACGCCGCGAUGCGUCUGGUGCUCGAUGACGGUAUCUACACAAAAUGUAAGUGCUCCUUUGCUGCGAUGCGUGUCUAAACAAACAUAUUUAAAAGAAGGUGACUUUUGGUGUCAAUCAUCAGCUGUGAUACAUCACGAGAAUAUGAUGAACAUCCUGGAAAAUCGACCGUUAUCCUCGAUUAAGGGUAAAGAUCCUGUUCAAGUUCAACCUCAGAGGAUACGCUUACGUCUCAGGCCAGGAGAAGACUAUCGUGUCACUAUGAGAUACAGUCAGGCGGAGGAUUAUCCUGUGGAUCUGUAUUAUCUCAUGGAUCUGUCGGCAUCCAUGGAGCCAUAUAGAGACAAAUUAUCGAAACUCGGUCUACAAUUAGCCAAUGCCAUGCAAAAUCUCACGUCGAAUUUUCGUAUUGGCUUUGGCAGCUUUGUAGAUAAGGUUGUUUUACCAAUGACUAGCACGCAGCCCGAUAAAUUGGCGUCUCCUUGCACUUUAAAAACUGGACAACCAUGUGCACCGCCUUACGAUUAUAAAAAUCAAAUGCCUCUUACGGAGAAUGUAGCUUUAUUUGAGGAUCAGGUACAAGCGGCGCCGGUGUCAGGUAAUCUAGACGGUCCCGAAGGCGGGCUCGACGCGAUUAUGCAGGUCAUAGUAUGCACCAAGGAAAUCGGCUGGCGCCAAAAAUCUCGUCAUCUUAUUGUAUUCUCGACCGACGCGAUUUUUCAUAUCGCCGGGGACGGUAAACUUGCAGGAAUAGUGGAGCCCAACGAUUGUAAGUGCCAUUUGGACGAGAGAGGAUUCUACACUCACUCCCUUCUACAGGAUUACCCAUCGAUUUCUCAGCUCAACAGAAAAGCGCGCGAGCACAAUAUGAAUAUUAUCUUCGCCGUUCCUGAUCACAAAAAUACGGCUUAUCAGCAAUUAAGCCGUAGUAUUAGCGGAUCCUCAACCGGAACUCUAGAAAAUGAUUCGCAGAAUGUUGUUGCUUUAGUGAGCGGCGAAUACGAGAAACUAGUGGACUCGGUAACGAUAAUCGAUACAGCGCCGAAGAUGAUCGACAUUAAAUAUUUCUCCCGAUGUUUAAACAAAACGGGUGAGUUGCUGGAGCGUCAGGAAUGUGGAGGACUUCGCGUAGGCAACGUUAUUGAGUUUGAAAUUGUUCUUAAGGUUGUGGAAUGUCCCGAAGAUCCAAAGGAUUGGCAUCAAACUAUGGAGAUCAUGCCUAGAGGACUUAGUGAGAGUUUGACUAUCGACGUAGAAAUUAUAUGCGACUGUCCUUGUGAGAAACCUGGACAUCCGGAAUAUCAGCUGAACGCAGCAGAAUGCAAUCAUGUAGGUACGUCCAUGUGCGGCGUGUGUUCCUGCAAUCCCGGUUUUUAUGGGAAGCAAUGCGAAUGCAAGGGCAGCGACGUCGGUGUUGACAAAUUGAUCUCGCUGAUCGACUGUAAACCCGAUAAUGAAACCACCGAGAUUUGCAGCGGCCAUGGUACAUGCAAGUGUGGUGUCUGCGACUGCGAUAAACGACCGAACAAUCCGCAAGAAUUGUUUUACGGGAAAUACUGCGAAUGCGACAAUUUCUCUUGCAAACGCAGUGGCGGCCAGGUCUGCGGCGGACGGGGCAAGUGCGAAUGCGGUACCUGCAAUUGCUUGCCGGGAUGGGGUGGCGAAACGUGCGAUUGCAAGGAGACCAACAGCACAUGCAUCCCGCCGUCGGGCGAGAACGUCGAGAUUUGCAGCGGACGCGGCAUCUGCAUCUGCGGCAGCUGUCAUUGCUACGAGCGGGACAAUAUCCGAUAUUCCGGACAAUACUGCGAGGAGUGUCCCACAUGUCCAGGACAACGAUGCGAGGAACUGAAGGACUGCGUGGAGUGCGUAGCGUACAACGCAGGACCGCUCGCGAAAAACGGAAAGUGUGACUUGUGCAUGCAUCAAAUAGAUAUUGUUGAUACUGUCGAGGAAGAUCCUGUGAAAGACGAGGAAGCCGAUGCCCGCAUAUGUCGAACACCCGGGGAUGCAGGCUGCACGUUUAUUUUCAAAUACCAAUAUCACAGAGCCGGUACUGGAGGAGAUAUUAAAAUCUUCAAGAUUCAAGCCCAGCAAGAAAGAGCUUGCCCAACGCCCAUUAACGUUUUCGGUGUUGCGCUGGGCGUCGUCAUAAGCACCGUCAUCAUCGGUUUCCUGAUUCUCCUCAUUUGGAAGAUCCUCACGAGCAUCCACGACAAGAGGGAAUAUGCCAAGUUUGAGAAGGAGCGCGCCCUCGCCAAAUGGGACAGAGGCGAGAAUCCCUUGUACAAACAAGCUACAUCGACUUUCUCCAAUCCAAUGUUCAAGGACUACGCCACAAAUUAAUUAAAAAUUAAUAAUUUAUAACUUUAGACUCACGUUGUGAUAUUACGAACUUUGUUAUAAUAAUUUUGUUAAUAAAAGUUUUUAAUUUUA